GUGGUGGGACAAAAGAAAAGCGGAGUCUGGCACAGAGCGCAGGAAAUGGUAUGCAGCACAGGCUGCUCUGUCCCUCCUCCUCCUCCGUAGCGAUCAUCCUGUCCGUUAUUAUUCGGCACAGACAGCGGCCCGUUUUAAACUGAAGCACCGGGCUCCCAGGCGCACAUUGUGGAAGUAUCUCCUCCCGGCAUGCCCCAGCGACACACCUAAAAACGGUUACCACCUGAUGAUGGCUUCGGUGCGGACGGUCAGCAAAGUUGCAGCGGGACUUCUGGGAAGUAUUCCUACUCUCCGCUGCGGUCUCAGACUUGCUCGUCCGGUUUCAUUUCCACACCAGGUUCAGUACAGAAGGCCUCCGCUUGGAAGUUAUCAGCCUCUUUUCUACACUACACUUGCUCCCUCCAGUGGUGCAUCCUUGAAGUACAAAUAUGGCCGUUUGGUCCUGGAAGUCCCUUUGCCAUCCAGAAAUGAGAAGUGUUUGUUUUUCCUGAGGCCCAUGUUGAUGAGUGUGGGCGACCUGAUAGCCGAUGUGAGGAGAGAGGACCCAGGAGCUGCCGCUUCGGUUCUCUCUAAAGACGGAGAGCGCAUUGCCAACAGCACGCUGAUAGAUGCCCUGCUGGACAAGGACUUUCAGCUAGUCAUCAAUGAUGCAGUUUAUGAAGUCUGCGCUCCUGAGAAGGUGUGUUCGUCCGCUGAACGGGCUAUGGAGCUGAAGGACAUGAAACAUGUGGUGCACCUGCUGCACACAGCGCUCCACCAGCCCGAACACCAACUGCUGAAGGAGAAGGAGCUUCUGGAGAGACUGGACAACCUCAAACAGGAGCUUUCGCCUCUGGAGAGGAUGAAGGCAGACCUGUCCCGUAAAUCAGACUUCCAGACGUCCAGGGCUCUUUAUGUUGGGCUGGCGCUGCUGUCUGUGCAGGGCGGCGCUCUGGCCUGGCUCACUUGGUGGGUCUAUUCAUGGGACGUCAUGGAACCCGUCACUUACUUCAUCACAUACUCGACCAGCAUGGGGGCUCUCGCCUACUAUAUACUCACCAAACAGGAUUACCUAUACCCAGAUGCCCAAGACAGGCAGUUCCUGCGUUACUUUUAUAAAGGGGCCAGGAAGAAGAGAUUCAACGUGGAAAAAUACAACGAACUCAAAGACGAGCUGGCUCAGGUGGAGGAAGACCUGAGGCGUCUGAGAUAUCCAACCCAACUUCAAUUACCAAUUGAGCAGAUCCAGCCAAGGCCAUGAACGCCGGUCCCUCACAGUUUAACAGAGCAAAAACAAAUUUCUGCUUUAUUUUGAUAACGGCACCUUUUUAUCUCAAAUCAUUCAUGUCAUUGUUUUCUUUACAAAUCAAUAAUAAUGCCAAUUAUAUCAUAAAAAACAAAGACUGAUUACUAUUUAAAUUAAAUGUUUCCCAAACUGUUUGAAA